AUAUGAGACUUCGGAGGUGAGACUUGAUCAUGAUGGCUCCUCGUGGUUUAUACUGGACUCUCUGGACGUUGGCGUGUUUUGGACAAUAUUUUGGUCAAGAUCUACAGCUUCCUGAGCUGCCUUCAUUUGAAGAAGGCCAAAGCGUGACUUUCACCCCAGAAAACCCACCAUCAACAUGGCGUCAAACUACAUGGACUUACAAUAUAGAUACUUCCAUAAUUACAGCAGCCUCUGGUGCAGUUUUAGUAAACCCAGACUAUGAAAGAAGAGUCAGUUUUGACUCAAACACUCUUGCGCUGGAGCUCAGGAACCUGAAACUAAAUGAUUCUGGAAAAUACAAACUGAGUGUAGUAACUAGUCCUGGAGCGUCAAUUACAGCAGAAACUUCACUACAGGUGUUUGAAACAAUAUAUCACGUCAUGCUCAUUGGUCCAGAAGAAACAUUAAUUGAGGGUGAAUCAUCUGCUAACAUCACCUCUGAGGGAAGCGGCACCAUCACCUCUGUGCAGUGGAUGAAAGAUAACAGUCCUCUGUCUUCUAGCAACAGAAUCAUCUUCUCAUCUGAUAACAGAUCAGUGUCCAUCAGUCCAGUGCAGAGAUCAGACGCUGGAGAAUAUCAGUGUACAUACAGUAACCCUGUCAGCUCUGAGAUGGCAAAACUCACCCUGACCAUCAACUAUGGACCAGAUGGUGUUUCUAUUAGGGGUCCAGAUGUGGUGGAUUCAGGGGUUCAAGUGUUUUUGUCUUGCUCUGCAAAUUCUGAACCUUCUGCUUCAUUCAGCUGGACGUUUAAUGGGUCAGACACUGGUGUGACCACAGACAAAUUCACCAUUGAUAAGACUGACUUCACAGACAGUGGAGAAUACAUCUGUACAGCCUUUAAUAGAGUCACAAACAAAAGAGAAUUUAAAACACAUGCUUUAAUAGUUCAAGAGGCUGAUGGCAGAGGAGGAGGACUGUCAGCAGGAGCAAUAGCUGGGAUUGUCAUUGGGGUUUUAGUGGCAGUUGGAGGAAUCUGUGGUCUUAUUGUCUAUUUAACAAAAACCAACAAAAUCCCAAACCUAAGCCUUCAACAGAAAGAACAAGCAAGAGCAGCACAAAGAGGACAGGAGCCUGACUUGCACUAUGAAGAAAUCCCUGAUUCAGCCAGAGAAAAUACAAUAAACCUGGAGAAGAUCAAUGAAGCUCAAACAUAUGAGAAUGUUGCAUAUAAAAAUGAAUAUGAAAAUCUAAAACAUGGAGUUUUAAACCAGCCACGGGCCCCUCAACCUCAGGUUUCAAACCCUCCUCCUGUACGCAGAUGAAGAAGUAGACACUGAAACAUCUACUGCAAAUUACAUGUAUUGUCUUAUUUCAGCAGUUUAUUCACCGAACUGGUAUCGAAGUGUCUAUUUUCAGGUCCACAGAGAAUCUGUGAAGGCAGAGCUCAGGAAAGCAAUUUUAAUACCCAUUCUUUACAAAGUUUUUUUUUUUUACAUUUUCCAUCAUUGAUGUUCAUAUUUCCAGUACUUCAACAACUGUAUUGUAACCUUAAAACUUUGGUUUAGCUCACAUUGAGCAUCACUAAAUCCAUUCUCCAGAUCAUCUACAUAAUUCAUCACAGAAAAUGGCAAUCAUCAUCAGAUUCACACUAUGCUCCUGCUAAUGUGUAAAAUAUGAGUCUUGCUAAAGAAAUGCUGUGUGACUGUUAUUAAUGUAGGAGUUGCAUUGUCUUAUUUCCAAUCAUGUUCAUCAUCGUUAUCAAACAAUGUCAUUGAUAUAAAUACAGCGUUAAUGCAGUGUUACAUAAUAAAUGUAUGUAAACUUA